UUUCUGAUUCUCCAAUCGCCAUCUUGUUGCCAGUCAAGUAAUGUGUUUCUGAAUGUGUUUCGGGGCGCUCUGGAUGUCUAAUGACUGUCUUUGGAAGUCAUUGGACUAUACUGUGAUUUACCAACCACGAACAUCUGUACCGGGGGAUGCAGAGUGCAUAAUUAUUAUUAUUUUUUUUUUUUACGGGAACGCAUUGUAUCGUUAUUCAAAAUGAGUAUCGAUACUCUAUUGGAAGCGGCCAGAUAUUUAGAGUGGCAAGCCCAGCAACAACAGAUUACACGUGAGGAGGAGCGGCGAGAGAAGGCCCUGCUGUCCCGUGAGUCAGAGCAGAAACUCUUUGCCCCCGUUAUCCAGCCUGUCCAAUUCAGCCAUGUGACCUGGCCAGAUGACCUGCGGCUCGAGCCACAGUGCCACCACCAGCACCACCCUCCAGUCCCGCCCCCACCCCUCCCACCACCUGUUUCCAUUGCUGUCAUUCCCAUCCCGGUCGUCGCAGCAAACCCUGUGGCCCCUACCAUUCAAACCGCCUCCCCCGUUCAUGCAGCUCCACCCAUGCCAGUCGUCACACCUUUGGCCGCAGCCCUGUCCCCGCCUGCUGCCCCUCUACUCAGCCCCACUGGUAAGGAUGACCACUCCCCUUCACAGCAACAGCAGCAGCAUCGAAACUUAGUCCCGCACGUUAAAGCAGAAGUCAGCAGCUUGCCUCAGUUAAAUAACAGUCCCAAACAGCAGCAACAGACACAGGCUCUGCUGCAGCCUUAUCCAGCCCCGAUCAUUGCUGCUCAGCAUCCACCACAGCAACACGCCCUCCUACCACAGCAACAUGCCUUCCUGCCCCAGCCAACACUACUCCAGCCUCAGUUCACACCGCCCCAGAGCCAGGCGAGCCAACUGCCUCAGCCUAACGGUGCCAGUGUGGAAGAUGUGCACAACAUGGAUGGGAAAAGGAGACCAGGAGGAGCUGGAACACGAGAAGUUCACAACAAACUGGAAAAGAACAGACGAGCACAUCUGAAAGAAUGUUUUGAGACCCUCAAGAGGAACGUUCCUAAUGUGGAUGAGAAGAAAACAUCCAAUCUGAGUGUCUUGAGGAGUGCUCUCCGCUACAUCCAGACGUUGAAGCGAAAAGAAAAGGAGUACGAGCACGAAAUGGAGCGUUUGGCACGGGAGAAGAUCGCCACACAGCAGAGACUCGCGGAGCUGAAGAACGAGUUGAGCCAGUGUAUGGACAUCAUGGAGAUCGACAGGAUAAUACGACAGACUGUCCAACCAGAUGAAGACCAAGCCUCCACAUCAACAGCGUCAGAGGGCGAAGACAACUUCGACCAAGAUGUAGAAGACGACAUCCUCUCCUCUCUGCACUCAUCGUCUGCACCCAAACCGCCUGCACCAGCGCCAUCGGAGCCCCGUGCUGCCUUGCCUCCACCCUCCAUCCUCCCUACACACAUAUCUAUUCAACACAAACCCAUCACCCCACCAAACCCGUCCCACCCCACUGUGGUCACCCCGCAACCAAUCGCCCCCGCGCCCCCAUCCCAUUUGGUCUCCUCUCCUCAGCAAACAGUAAUCACCCAUGCCUCCGUAUCCCAUGCAUCCGUCAUCCAAGCCGUCAACCACGUCUUCCCCACCGGUCAUAAACACCUGGCGCACAUUGCGCCCUCUAGUGGCGGCCAACCAAUCGGACACAUCACCGUGCAUCCAUUGGCCCACCUUUAUCCGCAGUCAGUGGCUGUCUCGCAGCCGGCGGUGGUGGGACACAUCACGCACACGCUGGCGCACCACCCUCAUGCUCACGCCCAUGUUAAUGGCACGCCGGUCACGGGCCAGCAGGCCACCAUGGUGGGAAAGCCCACGGCGGUGGUCGCCCACCAUCACACCGGGCUAGUGGGCCAGACGGUGCUCAAUCCAGUGACUAUGGUAACUGUACCGCCGUUUCCCGUGAGCACACUAAAGCUGGCCUGAGCGAAGCCAAAGGAUGUAAAGAAAGACUUCAACAUCCAGUGAACGUCCUAUGUACCUCAUGAAGCGAGCACCAGAGAAUACAAGAUGUGAGGUGUCCUCAUCAUUGUCCGAACUAGAUGAGCUAGAUGACAGAGGAAGACUAGAUCCCAAUCAGAAUUUCACUACUGUCACUACUACAUGGUGGGAUUUUGUCAGGAUCAGAGUGUCCUGUAGCCAGUUACUUGGGACACAUCCGUGUGCACAGGGCUUGUGUGUCUUAUGCCGUGCAGCAUUGGAAUGACAUACAUGCAAUGCACUUGCUUAACUAAAUGAUAAGUCGGUGAGUGUCAGUCCUGUAGUAACGUGAGUGCAAACAACAAAUCAAUUCUAUUUCUUCUUUGUCCCUCUUUGUCUAUCCUUUUUUUCUGUUGUAUUCACUCUUAGAUAUUCAAGCAGUCUGCGACUUUUUUAAUUUUUUUACAUUCAUUGACCAAAAAAGACCAUGAAAAUGUUAAUCGAAAAUUUAAAGAGUGCUUGAAAGCAGUGCAUAGGUCCAAAGUAUGCGAAGAAACGAAGUUUCUUAAUUUUGGGGCUUUAAAAACACUCUUUAAAGGAAUGCAAUGCAAGUUAAACUCAAUCGAUAGCUUUUGUGGCAUAAUGUUGAUUACAACAAAAAAUAAUUUUGACAAGUCCCUUGUUUAUUUAAAAACAAAUUGCCAAAAUCUGGCUUACAGCAAGGCGUUUACAAUGGAAGUGAAUGGGGCCAGUGCAUAAACGUUUAAAUACAAAAAUGUUCAAAAGUAUAGCCAUAAGCAUUAUACGUGUUAACAUGAUUUUAGUGUGAUAAAGUCGCUCACAAACCUUUUCUACGUAAAGUGAUUUCCAAUCUUACAGCUUCGUCGUCAUGACAAUGUAACCCUGAAGGCAAUUUUAUCAGACUAAAAACAUGAAGAUCAGAUUUUAUCACACUAAAAUCAUGUUAACACACAUAAUGCUUACGUCUUGUAGCUAUACUUUGGAAAAAGUGAGCAUUUUAACGUUUAUGGAUUGGCCCCAUUCACUUCCAUUGUAAGUGCCUCACUGGAACCCAGAUUUUUGCUUCUUCUUUUUUUAUAAAAAAAGAGUUGAAAUUAUUGUCUGUGCUAAUCAACAUUAUGCUACAAAUGCUGUUAUUGAGCUCACUUGUACUGAACCUGAAACAUUCCUUUAAAUAGGGCUUGUGCAUAAAAACUUGUUGAACAUUCAGUCUUCAGACAGAUUGGGUUUCUCUAAAUGUCUUUGUAAUUUCCAAGACAAUGUAAGUGCCUGAGCCCCAAAUCAAGCCCAGUGACGCCACCUGCUGCCUAUGUAAUGUAACAACAUUGCUGAAUUUAUACACAAGCGCAUAUGACUGCCACAACCUGACCUAGUGUCACAGCCAACUCUUGGCACCCAUGAAACACAAGAGUCUUAAAGUGUCCAGUAAAAUGGCAUUAUAACGAAACGCAACAAACUAUUACAGAAUUAACAGCUAAAAUUUCACCCAUAAUGAAAAUUCUGUCAUCAUUUACUCGCCCUAAUGUAGUUCCAAACUUAUAAGACUUUCUUUCAAGAGCACAAAAAGAGAUGUUAGGCAGUAUGUUAGGGACUGAGGCUUACAUUCUUUAUAAAAUGUUAGAAAAUCAUGAGGAUG